CAUAAGAGAAUUCAUCUCACUUGUUCACCUCCGUGAAGGUUUAUGGGAGUAAUUUAUGUUCAGUCUUCUUGUGUUACCUCUCGGAGAAGUUCUGUGCGGUCAGACAUUAGUCCCAGUUUAGUGUCACUGAAGAAGAGAGGGUCAACAGUUGCACUCUGGGCUAAACCACGACUGACCAGUGUAGGAUGACACCACUCAGUUUCCAAGAGAAGUGCUUAUUACAAUGCUAAAAUAAAUGCUAACUUGGUUAUGUUCUGUUUAGGGUUUAACCACACUCAAAAUAAGUGUAGAUCAUAAGUAUCAUAUUGAUGCUUUGUUUGUUUUGUCCAAAACAAUGUCAGUGAACAAGUGAGAACAUUCAUGCAAAGUGUCUACUUUUGAAAACAGGCUUCCAACAUAUGAAAAUAAUGGUUCAUUAACUCUGACAUUUGUAUAACACACAAAACCAAACACAAAUCAUUAAUGAAAUGAGCUAAUAAAUCGAAAUUGAAAUGACACUUAACCUAACUUACUCUUGUUAAAUGCUGGGAUGAAGAUCAGGCAGCCCACAUGUGCAAUUAAGCUAAUGGUGAGCCACUUCUAUAUGUCACUUCCCAUGGGCAGCCGAAAGCACCCUGCUGCAGGAGCAAAGCUUCAAUUCCAGUUUUGAGGGAGGGAUCAGGGAGCUUCGCUGCUGCAUUUCCUCUGGUGCCCCGUAUUCAAGAGCCUAUGGCACCAUAGGGCCAAAGUGCACAUAAGUAAACCUAUACGCACGAGCCACAGUGAAAAAGCAGGGGCUCUGCGUGUCUCUGAAAGGUUUUAUUGCCUCUUAAAACCGAGAGCCCACACUCUGGAGUCAGCUGGAACCUGGCAACACCCAACUCAGACACAGCAGUUUACUUGGCAAACAAAGAAGCUGUUGUCAAGAUGUUUAAGAUACGCAAAUCUAAAGAUGAGGAGCCAACUGCUCCAGGGCAGGUGAGAAUUAAGAAGAAGUCGAGCGUGCCAGGAGUUAUGAUCACCCAAUAUGUGGAGGAACUACCAGAAGACAUGAGCACGCCAGAUUUCACUCGGAAACCAAUCGCUAUGACAGUUCAAGAAGGAAAACCGGCGAUCUUCAGAGCAGUAGUUACUGGAAAACCAACACCAACAGUGACCUGGUUGAGAAACAAUGGAGAAAUUGAUGAAGGGUACAACAUCUCCUUCGAUACAGGUUCUGGUGAACAGCAGCUACAGCUGCCUGAUGUAUCGGUGGAUCAAGCCGACACAUACAAGUGCUUGGCAGAAAAUGAAUUUGGAAAAGCAAUUGUCACGGCAACCCUUAAUGUUAUUGAAGUUGGCUUCAAAAAGAGCAAAGCUUUGCAACAAUCCAGAACAGCUGUCCGAGAACUACCAGAGGAUUUCAAAAAGUCCUUGAAAACAAUGGUUGACACUGAGCCAAAAGAGGAGGAAAAACCAGAACUCGAUGACAAGUUUUGGGAAGUGUUGCUGAGUUCAGAAAAGAAAGACUAUGAGGGCAUCUGUGCACAGUACGGUAUCACUGAUUUCCGCUGGAUGCUGAAAAAACUAAAUGAGAUGAAGGAAGAGAAGGAGCAAGAAGCGGAAAAGGUGGUGGAAAGACUUUGCCGCCUGAAGGCCGUUGAAUUGAAACCUACUGGUGAUGCAGAGUGUGAAGUUGAACGGCCCAUCUGCAAAAUCUUCUUAUUUAAGGAUGGAAUUAUGAUCCCUUUUGAUGCUGAAACAGAGAUAAAACACGGAUUGAAGCAAGUGGGAAAGAAGUUUAUGUUUAGCAUGAAUGGUGUCGACAUGGAGGAUGCGGGAUUGUACGAAGUGGAGGUUGAUGGAAUUAAGAUCUUCUCAGCUGAUUUGAAGCUUCCCCCUUUAGAAUUCUUGGUUAAAAUGCAAGACGUGAAAGCAGAGGAAAGAGAGGACGCUGUGUUCGAGUGCCUCAUCUCACAACCUAUGAAAAAGAUCACUUGGAAGGGUAAAAAUACCCCCCUGGAGCAAGGGGACAAAUAUGACAUCCUUGUGUCCGACGACAUGCUGAUCCACACGUUGGUGGUGAAGGACUGCCAGCCACUGGAUAAAGGAAUCUAUGCAGCAGUGGUUGGACUUGCAUCCUGCAGUGCCUGGCUUAUAGUGGAAGUGGACAAUGAUCCAAAAGCAAAAGGAAAGAAGAAAGCUCGCAAAACAACCCGGGCAGGUGGUGGUGGUGGUGCUGAUCUGUUGUUGAUAGCUCAAGAACAAAAUGCCAAGGUACAGAAAGAGAGGGAUGAGAUGAUUGCAAAGAUAAAAGCGGAGGCACAAGCCGCUGCUGCUGCGGCUGCAGCCGCUGCUGCUGCGGCUGCAGCUGAGAAGGCAGAGGCCAAAGCUAGAGCUAAAGCAGAAGCAGAAGCCAAAGCUAAAGCUAAAGCAGAAGCCGAAGCCGAAGCCGAAGGGAAGCCAAAAGCAGAGGCAAAGGUUGAGGCAAAGGCAAAGGUAAAGGCAAAGGCAAAGGUAAAGGCAAAGGCAAAGGCAGAAGAGGGAGAAGGUGCAGAAACAGUUGUAGGGGAGGAUGAGGAGGAUGAGGAGGAGGAAGAGGAAGUGUCCGAAGCAGCUGAAUCUACUCCCUCAAAACCAGAGAAAAAGGUAGAAGCUGAAGAAGAAGAAGAAGAGCAGCCUAGUCAAGAGAAAAGAAAGAGAGUGAGGGCAGGCCCACUUGUUCCUGAUACAGUCAUUGACCCUGGAGUUUACUUCACCGGUGGACUUUCUGAUGUAAACGCCAUCAUCGGCACUGAUGCAGAAUUGGUGUGCAGACUGAGCAGUGAGGAAUGUGAUGGAGUCUGGUACAAAGAAGGGAUAGAGAUAACAGCUACAGAUGACGUCUGUAUUGUUAAAGACGGGACUUAUCGCAAACUAAUUAUCAAAAACUGCAAAGAAGAGGAUGCUGGAAAGUACCGAUGUGAAGCUGAUGGGCGAAAAACAGAAGCUGUGCUACUUAUUGAAGAUCCUCCAAGAAUAAACACAGAUGACCUCGCUGUGUUCAUAAAACCUGUCACGAUCAAAUCUGGGAAAGAGGCAGUGUUUAAUGUGUCAUUUGUUGGCCGGGAGCCGAUGAAGAUCCAGUGGUACAACGAAGGCGAGGAGCUGUUUGACGACACCAACAUCAAGAUUGAAAAAUCUUCCUCAAACAGUCGUCUGGUUCUCACCAAGUGCCAACGCAGGACCACAGGAGAAAUUAAGAUUAAGAUUAAAAAUGAAUGUGGGACAGCUGAGGCCAUUACACAGCUUAAUGUCUUAGAUAAACCGACCCCACCCCUGGGCCCUGCGGAUAUAAUUGAAAGUUCAUCAUCUUGCAUUGACUUCAAAUGGCGCCCUCCCAAAGACAGCGGCGGCUGCCCCAUCACUGACUACGUCAUGGAGCGACAGCAAAUCGGCCGCAACAGCUGGAAAAAACUAGGCAAGAUUGGCCCAGAGCCCAAAUACAGGGACUCUGAUGUGGAUCAUGGCAGAAAGUACUGCUACCAUGUCAGGGCUGAAACCGAUCAUGGCAUCAGUGAAAUGAUGGAAACAGACGACAUUCAGGCAGGGACAAAGGCUUACCCUGGUCCUCCUUCUGUGCCAAAGAUUGUUAGUGCUUUCAAAGACUGCAUCAAUCUUGCUUGGCCUGCACCUACUAACACCGGAGGAACCAACAUUUCCGGAUACAACGUGGAGAAACGCAAAAACGGCAGUAAUCUGUGGGGCCUCGUCAACCCGCCUGAAGAGCCCAUUAAAGCGAAAACGUACGCAGUAAAGGAUGUUGUUGAAGGCUUCGCGUACGAGUUCCGUGUAUCAGCAAUCAACAUUUCUGGAGCAGGAGAACCAAGCGCACCCACCGAAUUCGUGUUUGCAAGAGAUCCAAAAAAGCCCCCUGGUAAAGUCAUUGACUUGAGGGUGACAGACUCCACAUACACCACCUUAUCUCUGGGCUGGUCGAAACCCACCGAGGAGGAAGGGGUCCAGGAUGAGGCCAAAGGAUACCUCGUGGAGCUCAGACCAGCAGAAAACCCAGAGUGGAGUAGCUGUAACUCCAGUGCAAUCAUUAUCAACUCUUACACUAUUAUGGGUCUGAAGUCUAUGGGCAUGUACUGGGUAAGAGUUGUAGCCACCAAUGAGGGUGGAGACGGUGAGCCUCAAGAGUUGGACAACUACAUCAUUGCGAUGCCACCUCCAGUGAGACCUCAAUUCACUGACAAAAAACUAAAGAACUUCAUUGUAAUGAGAGCUGGGAACGCUGCUCGAGUCAACUUUAACUUUCAGGCCUCUCCAAUACCAAUAAUUAAUUGGCUCAAGGACGGCUUGCCUGUGCCCAAGCAUGUGACGGUGAGCAACACGGACACAUCAUCGCAGCUAAUGAUCUUCUCAUCAGAACGCCAGGACACCGGAAUCUACACCAUAAUUGUGAAGAACCUUGUUGGUCAAGAAACCUCCAGUGUGGAGAUAAGAAUUACAGAUGACCCCAAGCCUCCAGGCCCCGUGGAGCUGGAUGAGAACGUGUCGGGGACAGUGACAGUCUCCUGGACCCCGUCUCCAGAUGAGAAGAAAGACGACAGGCUGCACUACAUGCUCACCAAGCGGGAUUCCGUGAAGCGUACCUGGCAAAUCAUGGCAGACCAUCUCUUCAAUAACAAGUUCACUGCCAUCAACAUCAUGCCGGGGAGACAGUAUCAGUUCCGGGUCUACGCCAAGAACGACAUGGGGCUUUCCGAAGCCUCCAAGUCAGCAACGUGGGAAGUGAAGAGAGCGAAAGAAAUAUUUACCGUGAGCAUCCCUGCCUCUAAGGACUGCAGCUUCGAGAUGCCGCCGUCAUUCUCCGUUCCGCUAAAAACGCACAACAGUCCAGAGAGGUACGAGUGCUACAUGAGUUGCGCAGUGACGGGAAAUCCCAGACCCCAUAUCACCUGGUACAGGAACAACAUCAGCCUCAACACCAACACCAACUACUACAUCACCAAUACCUGUGGGGUCUGCUCCAUGGUGAUCCUCAAAGUCGGGCCGAAGGACAGUGGAGAUUACACAGUCGCAGCGGAAAAUAAUCUGGGCAGAGUGGAGUGCACAACGAAACUUGUUGUUCAAGAAUGAAGCUGCGGUCCUGACAUCCUGAAGACGAGUGGAAAAUAACGGAAAAUUAAGGAUUUGCCAAUUUGAAACCUCCAGUUAUCAGUGUUUUUGUGAAUUAUUGUAUUAAUGUGUUUAAAUAAACUCUGAUGAGAAAAAUAAAGGUUAAAAGAGAGACUUUUUGUGUUUGGAAGCGAUAACAAAUGUCGUAGUCAAGUGGGAAAUCUACUAAAUUUAUUCUCCACACGCAGUGAGGAGGUUGAGACGUGACAUCUGUGAUUCAACAUUAGUGAAAUGCUAAUCCGGCACCCAAACAUGUUUAUUUAUGGUCCUAUUUUUUUUUUUUUUUCUUUUCUUGAGCUGUGACAAGCUUCCAUCUGCUGUUUCCUGAACAAGAAUAUUUUUCUGUUUCUUCUGAAGUAACUACCUCUUGGAGAAUUGACAAUUUGAUCAUACAAAUUUAGUGGUUUUGUGUGUUCAUGUGUAAUGUUUUCAUCAUUAAGGAUUUUUCCAAAAUGUAAAUAAAAUCA